AUGGGAGCACACCACUCUGUCGGCUCCGUCACCUUUUCUAUGACGCCUUUUGCCUCCAUCCUGUCCAGCUCCAGCUUAACACUGAGCUCUAUCUUAUCGUGUCUUUACUCAACUCCUAGCUCCUACAACAACCACGCACAUCACGCAAUCUACCGUACAGUUGGAGUGUGCUUUGGACUGCUGUGUCUCCUGCAGGUGACUCUUAACAUCACUCUGCGUCUCUACUUCCUGAGGUUAGCAAAUGAUGGACAAGAAUGUCAGAUGAGAUACAACUCACUGGCUGAAGAAAGAGACCUGUUAAUGACCAAUUACACCAAUGUGGUUGAAGAGAGAGACAGACUUGACAAGCGGCUUGAUGAGCUGGUUGGAUGGAAAAGUUUUGAGUCCAGGCUCUAUUUCUUCUCCAUUGCGGAGAAAACCUGGAAUGAGUCCCGGGAGGACUGCAAACAGAGAGGAGCCGAUCUGGUGAUCAUCAACAGCCAAGAGGAACAGAACUUUGUCUCAGCACAUGCACGUGAAACCUGGAUUGGCCUGACAGACAGUGAAAUAGAGGGACAGUGGAAGUGGGUAGAUGGAACUCCACACAGCUUAAAGAAGGGGUUGUGGAUGGAAAAGGAACCCAACAAUGCUGAUAUGGGUGAAGACUGUGGCAAGGCUUAUGGAAAACAAUGGAAUGAUGAAGUAUGCUCUCGGAAAUUCAAAUGGACCUGCGAAAAUAAAAGCAGCCUCAGAUCAAGGCUGAAGGAUCCACACCACCCACCAUCCCUGCUGUCACCUGCCAUGCUGACCUUUGCCCUGCGCCUGCGCCUGCUGUUCACUGAUUUGACUGAACUGAGGAACAUCUAA